AUGGAGUUGAGUUAUGGGUCUCGAAUUACACACCAGUUCGAGGUGAUCGGCAACACCAGAGAUGGAAUGGUGAUUGGCCGGGACUUACUGAGUGAGCUUGGUAUCAUAGUGAAUUUCAGAGAUGGGAUGGUCGAGUGGAAUGGAAACACAGUGAGCGUAAGCACGGGUCAGAAGGUGUCGAAUCCGGAUAAACCGCCAAAGAAGCAACUACCUGUGGAGCUUAAGGAAGUUGGGAUCGCGGAGGAAGUGAAAGAGAUCAACGAUACCUCAGUGAAGCCGAAGGAAAUGAUUGGCGAUGAGGAGAUCGACCAAGUAACUUACGAGAAGGUAGUCAAGCUGCUUAAUGUGUUUGAAACGCUGUACAAAGAGCACUUAGGAAAGAUGAAGAUGCCAGACUACGUACUACCGGUGACCGAAAGUUUUAAACCGGUGCACGCUAGACCCUACUCGAUUCAAGAUCUGAAGAAGAGGCUGCCUAUAAGGAAAUACACAAGUUUAUUGCGCUGGAUGUACUAG